UCCGACACUACAUGACUGCUGACUUGAAAUGAUGGAAACCAAGAAAAUCUUUGUUUUAAUAUUGUACUUAGGAGUGGUACACAGCCAGUGGUUUGAAUCAGAAGUAACCGGUUACUACAAAAGAAAAGGCGACGCUCCAUCGAACAAUAUUUCAAAUAGUGUAAGAACUUUACAAGAGUGUGCGGAUACAUGCACAGCGUACGUGACUUGUAAAAGUUUUUUCUAUAAUUUCGCCACUAGUAAUUGUUAUUUAAAAUCAACCGAAAGCUAUCCAGUGGUUCCCUCUCUGUCUGACUAUGGAUACAUUUACACGAAAGAAGAGCGCUUGGGAAACUGCAAUACAACACUGGUGAGAGAUGAUCCCUUGGUUACUCUGUCCGCAUCAACUGUAAACAAUGACAAUUACUACUACAGUGGACCUUACAACGCAUACCUUGACAGUGCCCAAAUAUAUGACCCUCCUGAUAUGAAAUAUGGUUGCUGGAUGGCAGGGGUUGCGAAUCAAAACCAAUGGUGGCAGGUCGAGUUCCCCGAGCCAAGAAUUGUCCAGGCCGUUGUUACACAAGGGUGUAAUCAGCAGCCAACUUGGGUCGUGGAAUACAAAGUCUUGUUCAGUGAUGAUGGUGAACAGUUCGACGUUGUUGGGGAAAGCGACACGAGACAUUUUCCUGGAAACGACAAUAGUGAUGGGAAAGUCGUAAAUUUCCUCCCUGAAACACUGACAAAAUUUGUCCGGAUCCAGCCAAUGAUUGGCAUUGGUAGUUAUCCUUCGAUGAGAAUUGAGAUCCUUGGGUGUGUCCAAGAUGAUGCAGAACACAUUGAGUACCUGGUGGAUACAUCAGUUAUGGCCACGUCGUCAGUCUUCGAGUCUGACUCCUUUGUGUAUGGGCCAACAAGAGGCCACUUAAACAGUGCCCUUUUGCCACCAAUGGUUAUAUAUGGAGCUUGGAAGGCCGGCGACCUGAACCAGGAACAAUACAUUCAGAUAACAUUUCCUUAUGUGUACAUGGUGAGAGCGGUGACAACACAGGGCGCUAAUGGUGCAGCGGAGUGGGUUACGAGUUAUGACGUAAUCCGUAGUCUUGAUGGAGUAUCUUGGCAUAUGAAACAACAGGGACUUAUUGGUAACACAGAUAGUGAUGGAAAAGUAACACAUUUCAUGACUCCCUUCCUCGCAAAGUCCAUAAGAAUUGCUCCUCAAACGUUUUACGGCUAUAUGAGCAUGCGAGUAGGCGUGUUUGGCAGGACCGAACCUAGUACACUAAUUGUCACACCCUGUGUCGAAUGCUCUGGUAACGAUCUCACAGCCGUGACAGACAAUGAUACCGCCACAUGCGUACCGAUACCAUCAUUCAAAGAAACCCAUAAGAUUUUCCCAUUGGAGUUGACCGUCUCACUACCAUACAACCUUUCUCACGUUUCGAUUCGUAUCAUCGGAGUUGCACCCUACUCCACCGGCCACGAUCAACUUCAAGUGGUUACUGUGCUGAAUAAUAAAGGAGUGGGGACCCUAUACGAGAAAUGCGAGUAUGUGUCAGGAGGGACGGAGGCUGGUCUGUCAGUGGGCACAUACACAUGUGCAUACAUAGAUGGCGCUCACACUAUUUUGGCUGGUGUGAUCUUUAGCAACAAUGUACCUGGGACUAUUUGUGAGAUAGAACUGUCAUAG